UCCGGCCAGCCGUAUAGUUUUGUUUUCGUUUGCGGUCCCCACUGGCUACAGGAUAUUGGGGGGUACAUUUUCAGAGGCGCAUACGGAGAAAGUUGGAAAGCUCGCGGCGCGCAACGGUUGGGGGUCAAUACGGGAAAGUUUUUCAUGGUGUUUUACCACGCUCCGCGGUAAAUCCGAUUCGAACAGUGUUUUCGUACUGCUCCCGGGGGCGCAGUAACUUCAAGCGCAGACCAUGGGCGACGAUUACUACGGGCAGAACAACUCGAACAGCGAUGACUCAGAGGUAGAACUUAACCUGAACACUCCGGAGCUGAGUGGGUAUCUGAGCAAGUGGACCAACUACAUUCACGGCUGGCAACCGCGGUUCAUAGUGCUGAAGGACGGCACGCUGUCGUACUACAAGAGCGAGCAGGACAGUGAUUUCGGUUGCCGGGGAGCAAUCAGCUUGCAGAAAGCGUCGAUAAAGUCACACGAGUUUGACGAGUGCCGGUUUGAUGUGGCGAUCGGGCAGAACGUUUGGUACCUGCGGGCCGAAACACCGGAAGACAAGCGGAACUGGAUCGAGGUGCUGCAGUCGUACAAAACCGACAUCCCGGAGACGGUGAGCUUGCGGCGCCAUGGCAGCGCUAUAUCGUUGCAAUCCAACACCCUGUCCACUGCCAGCGGUAGCAGCUUGAAGCGCGUCAGUCGUGGACUGCGGGAGAAGAUGCACGAAAUCGAAACGUACCGCGACAUUCUGUACGGACAAAUCGACACGUUACAGCGCUACUUCGAUGCCCUGCACACCCGAAACGAAGACCAACCACCGUUGGACCUUGGCGAUGGGCUGAAACCGAUCGAUUUCAGGGGAGAAGCUAUAACGUUCCGCGAAACCACUGCCGGUGUCAUCAUCACGCUACAACACUGCUUAGACAUUAUCUCGCAGAAGGAGGAAAGCUUCAAGAAGAAGCUCGACAAGGAACAGGAGCGGCGAAGGAAGGCGGAAGAACUGUACAGAAACUGCAAAGAUGAACUUGCAAAGAACCGAAAUUCCGUAAUUCCCGGACCAGAUUUGGAGGAAGGGCCACACUCGACCAUACCGGAGGAUGAGUUCUUCGACGCGGUCGAGACGGGGUUGGACAAAAUCGAAGAAGAUCGUCAGCUGAGAGUGAGACUGAAGUACCAGUCGCAACAGUCGCAGAUCAGCAAUGCCGGGUUGGUGCACAGUGCGCACCAGGACGCGGAAGAUGAGCUGCAGCAGCAGGCGGAAGACUUUGGCACGGGAGCGCAAGCCAAGAGUCACAAGCUGUGGCCCGACAUCGAUAAGAUCUGCACCGAGCAGCUGACGCAGGCCCGGCAGGGCGUCGGGGAGGAUGGCAACGGGUGGCAGCUGUUUGCCGACGAGGGCGAAAUGAAGAUGUACCGGCGCGAGGAGGAGGUGGACGGAAUGGUGAUCGAUCCGCUGAAAUCAUGCCACGUCGUGAAGGGAGUGACCGCCCGGGAGAUGUGCCAUUACUUCUUCGACCCGGCAUACCGAAACGACUGGGAGACGACGCUGGAGGACGUGCAGAUCGUCGACAACGUAGCGCCGGACACGCUGGUGUUUCUGCAAACGUACAAACGCAUCUGGCCCGCCAGCCAGCGGGACGCCCUGUUCUGGUCGCAUAUGCGCCGCGUCACGGACAAUCUCGACAUCGGGGCCAACGAUGUUUGGAUCGUGUGCAAUCAUUCCAAUCAGAACGAAGAGUAUCCGCCCGCCAAUCAAGGAAAGUGUGUACGAAUCUAUUUGACGGUGAUAUUAGUUUGCCAAACCUAUCUACCGGCGGGCAAGGACAGCAAGACCGCAACUCGGGAUGAUCUGACGUGUAAAAUAACUUACUGCUCUACCGUGAACCCUGGCGGCUGGGCACCCGCGACCGUACUACGAGCUAUCUAUAAGAAAGAAUAUCCAAAGUUCCUUAAACGUUUCACCGGAUACGUUGUUGAUCAGUGUAAAGAAAAGCCCAUCAUGUACUAGGGUUAGUCGAUUGUUUUGCUCUAAGCCAGGUCUAGAUGUUGUUAUAUAUCCACACACACAUACACACUGAUACAUUAAAGCACACACAUACACAUUUAUUAUUUUGUUGUCCGUUAUGUGGUGCAGUAAGGAAGGAAGCGAUAGAUUAAGUCGAAAAAGAAAGGUUCGAGACCGCAUCCAAGUUGGGGAAUGCCGUCGAAUUUACAACAUAUCUUCGAAUCAGGUCCAAGAGUAAAACGUGCUUUAGAAAAAUAUAGGGAAUCGCAAAAAACAUAGGCACCAAAGUGAGGUAGAAACUGAACGGAAAGUCUUUCGGGUCGUUUGCACCACCGUGAAGCAAUAGAUAUUAGCUAGCUCGAAAUUAGGUGCUCGAAAGCCGUUGUCGCGUUACGGAAACGGAUCCGCGAUGUUUCUACUGUGAAACAUUUCAACCAAGCGAGACCGGGUGAGAAAGGCCCCUGAAAUAAUUCACUCACUCGCGAGCGUGAUCGAGCUCACAGAUUCAAAUCCACUCUCUCUUCAUUUACUGAAGAACUUGUUUCAUUGUGGACGACGAAAGCGUGUUUGUGUUUGUUUGUAAGAUUAGCCAACCUUUUCCAUUUUUGUCUCUAUUCUAUCCUCUUUUGCGAACUUAGCAAUGAUUGAACUGUGAAUUGUGAACACACUAUUGGGUAAUGAGAAAUGUAAAACAAAGGUCUAACACUUACCUGGGCGAGUUGUUUUAUUUUCGCGCUCUACCGAGGAUUCCGUUACAGCACGGGGUGGCAAUCAAACGGUUCCCACAUGGGGCACAACCUCUUUUUCUGUCCAGGUUUUCGGGGGUUUCUGUUAGUGCUUUAUUCAGUUUUUUGUUUCGUUUCGUUUCAUUGAUAUCGAUCGUCCGUCUGCUUACGCGCCUCAGUGAUGGUGACAAUUUUUAAAAUUUUACUAUCUCUUCCCAGACAGUAAAACCGAACUUGGGAUACACAAUUGUCGCACCGUUCAGUGCGCGCAUGUGCGCAGUUGAAUUUUGAGUUUUC